AACCCUCAAGCUUUGCAAAACAACAACAUACAUUAUCCUCAGAUGCGAUCAAUGCACUUUGGUCACCGUUUUAAAACCCCAUAUUUUCUUAACCAGAUAAGCCGUUGAAAACCCAUUUUCAAAGCAAAUACACACAUCUUCAUCACCAAAAUCAAAGCUUACACCGGACUUAUCCAUUAAAGGGGAGAAGUGGGCGACCAAACGUCAUAUCACUGUACCAAAUGUCGUCAUCAAUGUCGUAACGGAGAACACCAAAAGCUGGACUUGACAAGAAAAUUUCCUUAUAAGAAGUGAGUGUGAGGUAAGAGAAUUCAGCAAAUCCAGGCCUGACUGGAUGACUACCAGUAACAAAUGGUGGAUAAGAGAGUGCUGUCCAUUGAUUCAGCUUUGGAUCGAAAACUUCAAAUGAUAAAUUGAACGAUUCAAUGAAUUUUAUCCCUCACACUUUAAAAUCAAAUAAACAAAACAUUUUUAAAAAUUGAUCAUGCAAAAGGGAGAUUGAACUAGGUAAACAUUGAAUUGGUUUAAUCAAUUCAGUUUUAAAUCAAAAAUUAAAUUUAUCAUUUUUUUGGAUAAAUUAUAAGAUUUGGAAUGAAAAUUAAUAUUAAAAAUAUAUAUUUUAUAUAAGUUUAAAAUAUUAUAUAUAAAAAUUUUACCUAAAAUGGUUUGGUCAUUAAGCUUGUUGGAAGAACAGAAAAAACAAAAAGGCCGCGGAGGAUGGCGUUCAUUGGAAACCAGAAGCAUUGAGAUAAGGCCUAAGACAGGGAAAGCAAGAAAGAAAGAAAGAGAAAGAAGGAAAGAAUGGCGUCAGCCAUUCCCCAUCUCCAUUUCCCUGUAACUUGGAAGUCCAAUCCCAGAAUAAGGAAAAGGAAACCAGCAACAGCAACAGCAACAGCUUGCUCUCUUUCUGAGGCUUCCCCUCUUUUCCGAGCCGCCAAGCACACUGUACUUCACUCUACAAUCAAUUUUCUGUUGGUCUUUUUCACCUACAUGAUACUACUGAAUUGCAAAUUUUUGUAUAACUGGGAAAAUGUUCUUUGGGUUGAUACAUUUGUAAAAAGUGGAAUGGUUAUUGGACUGGGGUCUGGUCAAGCUUCAGGCAUGGCCAUAGAAUAUUUGGGUCGGCAACUUCGUGCAGGUGCAUUAAAAGACCUAGUAGGGAUACCCACGUCUGUAGUGAGUGCAAGUGAGGCAGCAAAGGCAGGGAUCCCAUUAGGAGAAUAUGAAAACAGUUCUCAAGGUUGCUUUUUGCAGAUUGAUUUUGCAUUUGAUGAUGUUGAUAUAAUAGAGGAAGGAACACUAAUUUCAGUCAUUGGACGCCGAAGAUUGCAAGGUGAGGAGUCCAUAAUCCAAGAGAAGUUGGUGCUAAGCAUAGCUGAUCAGCUUGUAUUCAUGGUUAAAGAAGAUCUAUAUAAAUGUGGUUUAGAAGGUUCUAUUCCAGUUCUAGUAGAAUCUCUCAACUGGUUGGAAACUGCUGAAGAGAUUGAUGACCUAUUUUUAGGUGAUGCAGAGGUAUGGAGGAGACCAUCUGUAGGACACGCAGGUCCACUUGGAGGUGACUUUCCAUUAGUUACUACAGAAGGUCAUAAUGUUCUUGAUGUCAUCUUUACAUCUCCAAUAGCCAGUCUUGCUGAAGUUGCUAACAGCCUUGAAAAAGUUGAUGGUGUUGUAGACCAUGGAGUUGUCUCCAAAUUCCCAUGCAAAGCAAUUGUCGCUUCUGAAAGUGGAUUGUCAAUUGUUGAUAAUGUUCCAACAAACACAGUUGGAGGAGUUUAAUCAAGCAAGCUUGCCACAUAGACUAUUGCAGUAUAGUUCUUGCAUGUAAAAUUAUAAAUGGAAUAUUGGUAUAAACUUCUCCUUUUGACUGAGAGAGAAUCCUCAAGUUUUUCAUUCAAUAUCUCUAGCUUUUUGUCUCUCUCUCCCUAGGCGAAGGCAUGACUCAAGUUGCUCAUUACCAUAUAGGAGAGAUUUUGACAGCAUAACUAGCAUACAUGCUUGAAGUUGUACUUGCUCCUACAUAUCGUUCUGUAGGUUUAAAUGUGGAAAGAUGGCAUUUAUCCGACUCACAAUGCUUCUCCCAUGCGCAAGAGACUAGGGCAUUGUUAUAACUCAUAAUUAGGUUAUAAUACAAAAUUGGUCACUUCUUAAGUUUGCUUUUAUUGCAGAUGUGUUUAACUCUUAAGUCUGGUGUCCAGCUUAAGGAAACAUGAAGGUGCAAAUUGAGAUAUGAUGUGGCAUCAUGUGGACUAUGCAUCUUGAAUGUUACAAACCAUGGAUUGAUAG